CGGACUUAUUUUGUAUGUUGCUGAAAUAAAAUGAAAAUAGAAGAUGAGGUUCAUUGAAAAUUCAUGAGAUUUUAGACAUGUAUAUUAAUUAAGCAACUUCCUGUCCAUCACCGUAGACUAGGCUCCAUGGCAGAAGGAGGCAUCAUUUUAGAGAAAGAAGGGAAAUUCCUGGAAGAUGAUGCUAAAUUUCCCUGUCUCAUCUGUGGCCAGAAGGGACUAACCCAGAAUGAGAUGCGAGCCCAUAUAAUGAUGGAACAUGUGGAGCGAGAUAUUUCCUGUCCAUUCUGUGACCUUAGUGGGGUCACAUCUAAUGAGAUGAAUUUACAUAUCAAUAGUGCUCACCUCUCAGAGGAGGAUUCUGCUCAAGCUAGUCAGUCAAACACCUUAUCUGUUAAAGGCAACGACUCCCCUGAUUCUGUAGCUAGUCACACAUCAGAAGCCAUGUCUCAAGAAAAACAUUCCAAAAGCAAAGGCAAAGAUGACUCAACUACAGAAAAUACUCAGCCAAGGAUCUCAAAGGGAAUGAAAUCCACAGAGGGUAAUAACAGGGAGAAAGCAUCCUCUAAAACACUGAAAAUAUCUGAAGAUCUAGAGUAUGAUCAUGACAAAAGCUGCAGUUCAAACAGCCAAAGUAAUUUCAGUCAGUCAAGCAGUAGAUCAAGGAAUGCCCAAGCCUCAGAGGGAGUGGACAAAAGUCAUUUAUUCCUAGAAGUUAACCAGCCAAGAGAGGACGCCGGAGUUUUAAGAUUGACUCAAGGUUUCAACAGUUCCCAUAGCAUAGCAGGUGCUAUAAGAAGAGGCGCAGCACAGAAUGGAACAGGUUUCCAAGGCAAUCAAAGAAAUAACCCUCUGAUUGUGCCAGAUAUCAAUGAUAAUGUAGAACCUGAUAUCAACUCCAAUAUUCCCGGUGAAUUUCCUUGUCCUAUGUGCCAGUUCAGUACGAUAUCUGAAGCAGACAUCCAGACUCAUGUAAAUAGAGAACACCUGGAUAUUCUAAGCCCAUGUAAAGGUGAUGAUUAUGAAAUGGUUGACGAUGAUUCUGUUCCAAGAUGUCCACUAUGUGGAGCCUUGAUGAAUUCUGUGGAUGAAUUACAAAUUCAUGUCAAUGUUAGUCACUCUGAUAUCCUCAGCCCAGAUCAACCAAUGGAUAUGCAGGAGAAGUUAUAUCCACCAAUGAGAAGAGAGGAUAUUGUUGAAAAGCCAGUCAGAAGUAAGAAUGGGUCUGCUCCACCUCUGGCAACUUUUGACAAAGAUGGUAGAGAUGAGGAUGGGGAAAUGGCUGCCUGUAGCAGAAACUGGAAUGAAGGCAGAGGCUGGCAAAAUAUUGUCACUUGUCCUGUCUGUGAUCAGGAGUUUGAUGAUACAGCCAUCUUGGAAAUUCAUGUGAAUGGUCAUUUUUCUGCUAACAACACACCAGUUGUAGAAAAUGACUUUGCAUUAGCUCAAGAACUUGGAAAAUCUGAAUAUGAAGAUCAGGAGCAAAGACAGUUUGAAGCCUUGCAGACAAUGUAUGGGAUGAAAGGAAACUCAAGCUACAAGAAGCAGUAUGAACGAACCUUGGAGAAUUCCUUCACCAAAGGUGAUCUGAGUAUUACUGAGUAUCAUCUACGUAAACAGAGUCUGAAGACAAGAGAUCUGGCAGGCACGGAGGACGGACACUCCUGUACUAAAGGUUUAAUGGAGCAAUUCGCCACAUACUACGGAAGUAAGCCGCCCAGUAUAGCUAAUGUUUACCUAGCCUCACACGUGGACCACUACGCAGCGUCUUACGGAGACAAGGGGUGGGGGUGUGGCUACCGGAACUUCCAGAUGUUACUAUCAGCACUAGCAGCCAACCCUACGUACAGCAAGGUCCUCUUUAAUGGUAAACCUGUGAUCCCCUCCAUUCCUAAAAUCCAACAGCUGAUUGAGGCAGCCUGGGCCAAGGGCUUUGAUCAGCAGGGAAAGGAGCAACUGGGUAACAAAGUCACCAACACCACUAAAUGGAUCGGGGCCACAGAGAUCGUAGCUACACUUUGCUCGCUCAAAGUCAAGUGCCAACUGUUGGAUUUCCACAGCCCUUCUGGGCCCCAGGGGACACACCCCAAACUGUUUGACUGGAUCAAGGCUUAUUUUGAGAAGAAAGAGGCAUACAAGCUUCCCAUAUACCUUCAGCACCAUGGCCAUAGUAGAACAGUGGUUGGUAUAGAGGAAGUUCGGGAGGGUGGUCUACGUUUACUGAUCUUUGACCCCUCCACUCCCCGCAAACAGAUGCAGCAGUACCAUGGUGUGGUGAACGGCAGUAACCUCCGCACCAUUCGACGUACGCUACACGGACUGAAGGCCAAGCAGUACCAGUUAGUGGCUGUCACAGGGAUCCUUACUGACCAGCAGUACGAGGAAAGCAAGGUGCUCCGCUCUCAGAGAAUCCACUAGUCUAGAACUAGAUCUAUACCUGGAGAAUGGGAAUACUAGCAGAAAAAGUUAAUCUACUCUCAGAGAAUCCACUAGUCUAGAAUAAAAUCUAUUCCCGGAGAAGGGGAAAACUAGCAGAAAAAAGUUAACUCCACUCUCAAAGAAUCCACUGGUCUAGAAUUAGAUCUAUACCUGGAGAAUGGGAAAACUAGCAGGAAAAAGUUAGCUCUAACAAACUGUUAAAGUCUUUCUAACAGGAAAAGUUUAAGCCAUAUCAGAUUGCAUUGCAUUAGUGAAUUAUGUCGACCGAAGAAAAUAUAAACACCUUAUUUUAUUGAUGCCAGCAAAUACAUUCAAGUUAUUGUGUACUUAUAGUUACAAGUAUCUACGUGAGUAUAUCUUUUUGAUAAUUUAAGGAAGGAAUUUCCAGACAUUGUUUCAGAUAUGUUGACUUAUUAUAAUAUCUGUUUUUUCUGCAUCUGAAGCAUCAUCGCUAGCCAAGAGUGAUGAUUCGAAUCAAGGGUUGGAGACGAAGGUAGUGGAUCUUAAAUUCUUGGCUAGUGAAGAUGUAUCUAAGGCAGUUUCAGUGUAUAAUAGUCAAGCAUGAUGGAAAUUUUAAUCUUGCUAAUACUUCUAUCUUAUUGAUACAAAUAGUUGCUACUUAGAACAUAGAAUAUUCCAUGUUUUUUCAGAGAACAUUGUAUUGCUUGGUAGGCUGUAGAUUGAAGGAUUCUUAACAAUAUUACAGUGCUUUGGUGCUUGUUUACAAUGAAUGAUGCUAUCAGUAUUGUAUCACUAGGGGCAGAAUGAUGACACUGUGUUGGGGAAUUGAAUUCCAUGUGCACAAUUCUAUCAAGAUAUCGUAAUGACAAAGGAUUUAUUUAUUAUCAAUAUGUGAUUAUAUUUAGUUUGAAAAACAGACAUUACACUUGAUCAUGUUCUGAUUAUUAAAAGCUGAGCAGUUGUUUUCAGGAAAUUUUAUCUUAAGCCAAUAGAAGAAACAGAAAAUGAAUGUAAGAGGGAAAUGUACAUUUUAAUGAUCUUUUUUAUGCAGAAUGCUCAAGUGAUUAAAAAAUAAAAAUGGUUCCAAAUUUUAGUAUUAUUCUAAAAGCACAAAAUUUUAUAUACUGUAACCACAAAGCAAAUAUUUAUCUGAAUGACAGGUUAAAGAGAUCCUGAAAAGAAAAAAAAUGAAAAUCUGUAUGAUUGGGGCAUUUAUUGUCUUCAGUUGUGUAAAAACUUAACUUUUUUUUACCUUCACCUUUGACCUGUUGGCAACAAAAUCAAUCGGUGUCUUUUUUUCAGCUAUAGGGAGUUCUGAUUUUAAAUUUCUUUGCAAAAGCUCAAAGGCUUCACAAGUUAUAGCGUGGAAAUAAAAGUUUUAAAACAGACACAAUUUAUGACUUUGAGCUUUGGACCCCAAAAUCAAAAGAGGUUUUCCUUAGGCCUCAGGGAGUUGUUAUGUAUAAAUCAUAAUUUCAUUAUAAAAGCUGAAACUUAAGGCUUCUUGAGAUUUAUUGUGGAAACAAAAGUGAUACAGACAGAAAGACAGAUAGACUGACAGACAGACAGACAGACCUAAUUAAUAUUCCUCACUUUCAGUGAAAGCAGGGUACAAAAGUGUACUAUGUAUAAAACAAGACCUUUUUUCAAUAUGAAAUGAACAAUUACCUUUGUUAAUUUAUUAAAGUUAGUUUGUGUUGAUCUACAGUUAAGUGAUCCAGUAAAUCGGUCAUUGAUCAGCCUGAGACUUUAGAGAAAGUUAUUGAUAGUAUAGUUCAGAGAAGAAUUCCCUCUUAUGAAGCUGUUCCUGUUUCUCUGAUGUAUAAGUUUGAUAAGUGCUAAAAUUAUGAUCCUUUUUGCAAUAUAUUGUUGUUCAUUUUAUGUGCUGGAUACCUUUGUAGUUUAAGAUAAGAAAAAAUAUCAGUAGGGUAUUUUAACAAGUAUUACACUGACAUGAUGUGAUUUAUUAUCUAUUAAUUAAUAAAUCACAUUAUUUACAGUAUGUUUGUGUACUACUUAUAUCUUCUUUUUGGUAUAAGAGUUCUGUAGUAAUUUCUCAUGUGACCAAAAAAAUUAGAAGGUACCUUACAAAAGAAAUGCAAAUCAUUGCAAAGCACAUUUUGCAACAUAUUACCUGUUCUUUGUGUUGGUUAAAAGUCUAAAUCAUGUAGGUAUUGUGAUUGUCUGGAGUUGUCUGAAGAAAAAAUAAUAGAAAUCUGUGAACAGAACAGAAUUAACAGAAGAUGUUUUCACUGUGUUGCUGAUUGUGAUCUAUACAUGUAUCGUAUGAAUGUGGUUAUAGGCAUAUAGGGCAAAGCUUAAUUGUUGUAAAUAUAUGAAACCUGUAAUUGCAUAUUGUAAAGUCUUUCUUGAAUCUUAAUUCUGUUAUAAAUGUUUCAUGAUGAUGCUAUUUGUUUUUGCACAGCUGUGAUAUAUAGUACAUAUGUAUGUGUUUCACUGAAGGUGAAUAUAACAUAUCCGAAGGAGAGCCCGAUUCAUUGCCGUCUUGUUGUUGUAAAUUUAUUAAAAUCUAUGAAUACAAAUACCAA